ACAUCCUACAGGAUAGGUUAGCGUUUUUGGAAGUGCAUGUUUUUUUUUUUGCCCGCCCUGAGGGUGCUAACGGGUAAGCGACCAGGUCUUCUGCUCCAUUCAAGACCCAUCCAUCUCCAGCUUUUAGUCCGUGCCUCCAUGGCUCCCUAGAUCUUUCCAUGCCCCGCUGACAAAUUGGAAAUCAAGGAAUCUGUACCGCCCUCUCUUGCACAGAGCUUCGCCUCCCAGUUCCGUCGAGCCUCGACACCGUUUGGCCACCUGCUUGCAAGUCCCGUUUUCGAAUUGUUGCAGCUGCAUGCCCUGUUAGCGUGGCUUUUCCUGUCGCCUCAUCCCUACCUUGUCAGGUGAGCGGCCGUGUCAUCAGAAGAGGCGCGCAUUGCUGUCUGAGGCCGCAACUCUCUCGCCUGUUCCCCUCCAAACCCGUCAAACUCCACCAGCUACGCAAUCGAGGCACUCCGCACGCCUGUGAAGCUGCCCCUAGCACGCCGUCUCUGUCGUCACCAUACCUUUGACCUCCUACACCAAAGUCGCCGGUCCCAUUGUCGCCACAGAACACCUCACAUUCCACUCCAGGCGCGCCCAAGACCAGGACCGAAGGGACGCCAGCCACUCUCCAUCGUUGCCAGCUUGGGGGUGCUGCUGCUCCCGAAGAGCGGGCGUCUUUAAGCCCAUUCCCCUUUUCAACCUCCUUGCGAGCACGCGCGCACCCGUCUCGAGACUUGAGUUUAUCUUCACGCUUCCUUUGCGCAACCAGGCGCCCCGUCCCGCCCAUUCUCGCCAAAAUGACAUCAACCGGCAACGCGCGCCACGACUUCAUCCUGACCCCGCAGCAGCAGAGCCUGCUAUUCGCCGCCCUCAACUCGAGCCGGGCGGCCAAUUCGCCCACCACCGGCGGCAAUGCCCAGUCCUUCUCUCCUUCGUCAUUCACAAGGUCCCCGGUUGAUGCAGGCGAUACGCUCUCCAUCAAUGAUAGCCCCUUCGUCGACUACGACUACUCGUUCGAUGCCGGCGACACCAGUUUUGACGAUUCCCUCUACGACAACACCACCGGCGACCUCAAGAUGAUUGGCGAUCUGCCUGUUGCCGGCACAGCGCCCGAGUCGACCACUGGUGGUUCCGAGGGAACCGACUCUCCUGAAAAGAGGAGCCACCCGGACGACGAGGACGACAUUCAGGAGAACGGGGCGAAGAGGCGCGGGAGCACAGAGAAGGUGCCAAAGAAGCCAGGCCGCAAGCCGCUUACAUCAGAGCCAACUUCGAAACGCAAGGCCCAAAACAGGGCCGCCCAGCGGGCUUUCAGAGAGAGAAAGGAAAAGCAUGUCAAGGACCUCGAACUCAAGGUGGAAGAACUGGAAGCGCUUUCCAAGACCACGUCUACUGAGAACACAAAUCUUCGCGCUGAAGUCGACCGGUUGAACCUGGAACUCCAGCAGUAUAAGAAGCGCCUCAGUCUAUCGGGCGGUGCCCGCCCGCAGGCUGCUACCGCAUCAAGGACCACCUUUGGCAACCCCAUGGUUCACAACAUCAACGAUGUCAACUUCCAGUUUGAGUUCCCCAGAUUUGGAUCCCUCCCUGGGCCACCCGCCGGGAAUGACGCCGGAGUUGCCACCGGGCGUUCCCCGUCCUUUUCCCAAACCCCGUCGCUCACCAACACCCCGAGCAACCAAGGCAGCCCCAACGACGGCUACAGGGACAAUGCACCAGCGAACACGUCCAAGGACGAUCUCUCUGGAAUCUUCAGCCCCCCUCUCACUAACACGAAUGUCGCCAAUGCAUCCAGAGGCAGCGUGGACUCGAAUUUCGGCGCCGGGGGCGCUGCCUCUUCGAGUUCGCCGUCUGCGUCGUCGACCUCGCACCAGGGACCGAACUCGUCGUGCGGAACUUCCCCUGAGCCAUACACCCAGUCGCCCAUGGGCUUCAAGCCCGUCGACACACUGACAACAAUUGGCGAGGAGAGCGUCGCUGGCAUCAGCGGCAGUCAAGAUUUCGGCCAAUUUUCCUCGAUUAGCAUGAACGACAUCGAUUGGCUGGCUCAGGCAAACAACUUCCAGUUCGAUCCUCAACUCUUUGGCGGCUACAGAGAGCCUCAGGAUCACAUCCUCGGCACAAACGGCACGCUCGGUGACCAUUUCUUCAACGAAGCCUGGGACGUGGAUUUCACAACGCCUUUCAACGUCCCCAUGAGCCCUGUUGUCCCCAAGAAAGAUCUUAUUGCCGAGAUCGACGCGGCCAAGGAGGCCGACGAUCCUACAGAGGCCAAGGGCGAACUGCUGACAUGCAACAAGAUCUGGGAGCAACUGCAAAACUGCCCCAAGGUGCAGAAUGGAGACUUCGACCUCGACGGUCUCUGCUCCGAGCUGCAGAAGAAGGCAAAGUGCUCAGGUCAUGGCGCCGUCGUCGACCAGCAAGAUUUCAAGCGUGUCAUGACGAAGUACCUCGGCAAGAAGGACGGCGACGCUCCCGAAUGCGACAUCAGCGGGCUUUCGUCGAAACCCGUCGAAAUAUUGCCAACCUCGGCCAAGUCAAGCUAGCGAGUCGUAGUGAGGACUGGAAUGGGUCCCACACUGUACUUCACCACUCUUGAUUCCCUAUUGGCGCCCGGCGCGAACGGCUUAUCGGUAUUUGUCUUAUUUUCACGACUGAUGUUGGCUGGGAAUUCUCGAUGGGAGUAUGGCCGACUCUGCCCCGACCACGGAAGAAAUAAAAGGAUAGCGUAGAGGGAGGGACGAAGCCCCCUCGCCUCUGCGAUCAUCGGCGUUCCGAGUUCGGGGUGGAGGAGGGAUGAAUCUAUGGCCCAUUCAGAAAAUCUAGGAGGGCCCACGGAACGCCCACCUAAACCUGAAUGAGGAUAUUCGGGCCAGUAUGAACUUGGCCCCCUUGUGUGACCUCAGGUUCAUCCUGUUUUACGGAUCGCUGGAGUUCAUUUGCUUGGUCAUUUGUUCCUAGUCUUUGGGGAGGAAAAAAAAGGAUUCGUCAAAUCUUGAAUCAAGAUCGGCCGUCUCUUUUCAUUUUUUGGGUAGUCCAGGUACUUCACAUGUUGGACGGGAUAUGUGUGUUUGAACGCAAAUUUGUAUUUUUUUUUUUGGCUCGCUCAAACAUGGCAUGGCUAUCGGUGCGAGAACCCCCUUUUUGUGUAGGCCUGCCGACUGGACCCCCCCUUCCUUACUGGCAGACACCCUCAUCUCCACUCUGGAAUGUUUCCCUGUUUUGAUUUGGCAAGGAGCACGGUAAACAUGGAAGGGAGAUAGUGAACUAGGUGGUAUCUUUGGAAGUUGGCAGUGACCUCUUGGCAGUCCGGAAACGUGAAACCCGCACAAGAAAAGAAGAAGAAAGAAGAGUGCAAGAGUAAGAGGUCCCAAGAUGGACUGCUAGGUAUAUGUAAAAUAUGACCAGACCAGCCCGGUGCGACACCUGACGCGAGGAGGUCGACUCCAGUCUACCAAAGCUGAAAGCUAGAUACAAAACAUAUGCAUGAGGGGAGGGAAAUUCGGACAAGAGGCAUCCAUCCCAAGCUCGUACGUGGCCAAGAAAAAAAAAAAGAACCAAGGAAAAUGCGACAACAGAGAGCCAACCACGCCAACGUCAGAGAAGAUGAUAAGAAUAUGAAGAUUUAGAUUCGCCUCGGACAAGUCGUUAACCAAACAGAUUAUAUUAGUUUACUAGGCGCCCGGCGGCUGCCCCCGUCGUCACUGGCAGGACCCCCACGGCUAGCCCACGCAGCAGCCACGAGGCCGAACC